AUGACUGGAAGCGUUAUUGAAACGAGUGCAGCCAACGGGGCGAACGGCUACCACCGCUUGACUCACCGAUUUGCGAUGGAUCAACAGCAGCAAGGUCAAUCGAUGGACGCGAGAUCAAUCGCCUCAUCGAUGAACUCGUCAAGACCAUUCUCCCCAUUUGAGCCCAAGGCUAGCACUUUGGAUUCGCCGUUGCAUCGAUCUGCGACAACCAGCCGAAUGCUAACCCCAACACCGCCACGAGCUUUUGGAGGCACUAUUUAUAUGAUGAAAGACGAGCACGAAAGAGAAAGACAACGAUGGCAAACGAGGAUGGAAGAGAUCGAGGAGAGGCUGGCACUGUCGGAGACGCUCAACUCUGACAUGAACAAUAUCAAAGCAGAUUUGAACAAGAAAAUCGUCGAAUUGGAAAAAACACAAAAACCGAUCGGCGAUCAGAAUCGAAAGUUGGCGGAACGAAACAAAAACCUCUCGCAUGAACAAAAGCGAAUCGAAAAAGAGAUGGCUGAGAUGAAAGACGCGUUGAUCACCAUUCGUGACUCGCACGAUCGGUUGAUCAAAGAGAACGCUCAUUUACGAGAGAAACGCGUGUUCCCACAAGAGAAAAUGGACGAGCUGGAGCGAUUGAGGACACAGAUCUUGGAGCACUCGAAAUGCAUCACCGCGUUGCGACAGAGUGGAUUGGAAAAAGACCGCCGCUACGAUGUGAUGGUCCAAAAAUUCAAACGACUCAAGAAAUGCAUCCGAAAAACGUCCGAAGAACCCGGUGACGACAAUCGGAGCACUGUGGAGUCUACAUGUUCUGAGGAAAGCUCACUGUCGUUGGACCCGAUUUUGGAGGACUUUGAAGAGUGUCUCCGUGAGGACGUGGACGCGUCUUUCCGGCAAUUGUUUCGAGAAAACGAGGAGUUGCAGAGUGCACUUCAACAAUUGAAGGAAAGCGCACCGACACUUGAUGAAGUGGAAAUGUUGAGAAAACAACUCUCUUUGGCCCACUCAACAGUCGCCCAACAGCAAAUUCAACUGAACGGACAGCAGGAACAAAUUGGUAUGCUUGCAACGAUGCAGGAGAAGCUUGGGCGACAACACGAGAAAAUUCGGCAGCUAGAGGAGUGUGUCGAGAAUUUGAGAGCCGAGCUGAUCGCCUCGCGCGAGCAAAACGAGCUCAUCGAGUUCCAGAUGCUCGAGAAAUCGACAGAAAUGGAGGUUUUACAGGAGUCAAUGCUUGAAGGCAGCGUUGCCGAAGAGGCCUUUGAAGAGACUCAAGAGGCCACAGGGAGCAAUUUGAAUCAAAAACAAGUGAAAGAGCUCAAGGAGAGAUUGAAAGAUUUGAAAAACUCGAAAUCCCUUCCGUUAGCUGAUCGACAAUCCGUGGUGAAUCUGCUGGCGUAUAUGGAGAAUUUGGAAGAGGCUUUCCAAGCAACCACGGCUCAGUCACGCGAUUGGGGCAAACGGGAGGAGGAUUACGUGGAUCGAAUCCACCGAUUGCAGGAAGAAGUCGACUCGUCAAACCAAAAAUGGAAACAAGCGUUUCGGCUAGAGAUUCAACUGUCAGAGAUGAAGCAGACCACUCUUGAAUUGGAGAGAGCUAAAGAUGGGCACCUAAAAGAUAUCGAGAAGCUGAAAAUCGUUCUGCAACAAAAGGAGGACCUCUUGGCGAAGAAAGGAGCGCAAAAUGAGAAUGAUGAGGAGAAGGAAACGCUUCGUGAGGAAGUCGCUCGCCUUGAGGCCGAAGUAAAACGGCUAAAAGACGCGGAAAGACCGACGAUGAAAACGGAUUUGGAGAGAAGAUAUGAAGAGACAAAGUACAGGCUGGCGAGCACUCUAGAGAAGUGCCAUCAGUACGAGAUCUUCAUCGAAGCGGCCAAGAAACGCGAAUCGAAGGGAAUCGUCGAGAGUUUGCAAGAGGAGAUUCUCGAGAUCAAAACCUACAAUGAGCAUUUGGAGCGGCAAUUCCAAGCUCAAAGCGACAUCAUCGAGACACUAAAGCAGAAAAUUAUCCAGAAACACGUUGUGACUUCCAAUUCAACUCACAAAAUGAUCAUCGGCAAGAAAAGCAUCACAUUUAGCGCAAUGUUGCCCGUCACGCUCGCAGCGAUUCUC